AUGACAGAGGAAACAGAUUCCCAUAACCCUCUGGUGUCCGACCGCCGCAGCGACUCCAAUCUAACCGUUUCCCUGCACCCGCUAGUCCUCCUGACCAUUUCCGACCACAUUACGAGACAUCAAGUGCGAGGUUAUUCCGGUAGUAUUGUUGGCGCGCUAUUGGGUCAGCAGAAGGGUCGAGAGAUCACGCUGGAGCAUGCUUUCAACUGCAGUGUACAAAAAGAUAAACAGAAUCAGACUAUUCUAGAUACUGAGUGGUUUGAACAUCGAUUACAGCAAUACAAGGAUGUGCACAAAGUACCAGCGCUCGAUAUUGCCGGCUGGUUCACGCUGUGUCCGGAAAGUGGACCGACCUCAGCAUUUCUACCAAUUCACAAACAAUUCCUGGCGCAGAACGAAUCGUCUCUACUCCUCGCAUUUCAUCCUUCAGCCAUCUCAUCUAGCACACCAUCUAGCAGCAACGGCAAGCUUCCUCUGACAAUCUAUGAAACAAUUUAUGAGGGUGAACCUACCAAGCAAGAUGAUUCCAUGCAGAUUGAUGGCGAAGACACGUCUGGCCUUAGGUUCAGGUCCAUUCCAUACACAAUCGAAACCGACGAAACCGAAAUGAUAGCCGUUGACUACGUUGCAAAAGGAGGCGGUAACGCAGUAGCAGUAGCCUCCGCGGACACUGAAGCCCCAGCUUCCCCAGAAGCAAAAGAAAGAGAAGAUAGGAAAGGCAAACGACGAGCCGAUGAGUCCCCAGAGGCAAGAAAAGCAUUCGAUGAUAUCACCGUUACAAACAUCCUCAGCCCCGAAGAAGACGACCAGAUAGCAAGCCUAACCACUCGGCUCAACAGUGUGCGGAUGCUCCAGUCCCGUCUCUCCCUUCUUUCAACCUACAUCAAUUCCCUCCCUCCCAUCAACGUCUCCGAUCCCGAAUCCGAAACCACCCUCAACCCAGCAAACCUCCCCCACCUUCGAAACAUCAAAGCUCUAAUUACCCGUCUCUCCCUCUUAUCACCCCAUUCCGACACGCCAGCUUCAACCCUCAGCACCACUAGCGUGCCCGUGACGCCCGUUCCCACCCAACCGCAGAUCGACCCAUUGACCCACGCCCAACAAGCGCAAACCAACGACGUCAACCUCUCCAGCUUGCUCGCGCUCCUGGGCCAGGAUGUGCAAGGUCUCAGCGAGCUGGGUCGAAAGUUCGCAAUAGUAGAGGCCGCGAGGCAGAGUAAAGGCAAGAAGAUAGGUGGUGGUGGUGGUGGUGCUAUGGGUAUGGGAAUGGGUUUCCCAGGGUAUGGAGGUGGAGGUGGGGGAGGAGGAGCAGGCGACGAUUCGCUCAUGACAUGA